AUGGUUGAUUUAUCAAACAUGGGAAUAACACGGUUGAAAAAUAAUUUUUUGAACAGUUCUACAGUAACACAACUUGAUUUAUCAAAAAAUAAUAUUUGGGAAAUCAAAAACGGCGCAUUUGAUAGUUUACCAAAUUUGAAUUUCGUUAAUUUAACCGGAAAUGUAUUUCCAUUUGGAAAUUUAAAUUUCACUGAUUUUUCGGCUGUUGAAACAUUGGUGUUAGACAGUUCAAUUUCUAAUUACGAGGAUAAAUCCGUUCAUACUUUCCAUAAUGACUUUAUUAGAGACUGCGAUGUAAUUUCAAAAAGGAAAUAUCAUAACUAUGGAAAAAAAAUUGUUCUCUUGGGUUCAAUGAAAUUUUUUAAAGUAAAGAAACUAUAUUUGCGCAAAAAUAAUAUUGAAAAAAUAAUUUUACAAGAUAUUGUAGCAUUAAGCGAUAUUAUGCCAAGCAUUACUCAUCUCUAUCUCAACGAAAAUUCUCUUCAAUCAGUGGAUUUCUUAACUUCAAACUUUCCUUCCACCUUGACUCAUUUGCACUUGGAAAACAAUGGAAUUAGCUCCAUUAAAACGAAUAGAUCAGUUAAUAGUUUGAAAGUUUUGACUGUCGACCAAAAUCAAAUCCAAUCAUUGUGCGGAGCCUAUCAAGACUGCUAUGGAAUAUCAAUGGACAUGUUUGAACAACUGGAAUAUUUUUCAAUUACAAACGCGAACCUGAAAAACAUUUCACCAAGCUCUUUUAAAUAUUCGUUAGCUCUGAACUAUUUAAAUAUGUCUUCUAAUGCAAUUGAAAUAAUUGAAGAUAAUACAUUUCAUAAUUUAAUUAAUUUGGAGACACUCGAUCUGAACUUCAAUAAACUGCAAACUAUUUCGUAUAUUUCUGGUCUUAAAAAUUUAGAAUAUUUUUCAAUUGCUAAAAAUAGAAUAAGCACUUUGCACAAAUCAGAUUUUGACGGUCUAACUAAUCUAAAAAUAUUAAAUCUCAGUCAUAAUAGACUGACUGAAAUCAUCUCAGGAACAUUCGAUGAGCUUGUUUCGUUAGAAAAACUAGAUCUUUCUGCAAACAAGUUCAAAAUUCUGUUACCUGACUGGAUUUCUCCAAAAGUAAGUCUGAAGCACUUAUUCUUGAAUGAUAACUCGUUUAAAAGUUGGUCAAGUUUUUCAUUAAUGGGAAUCCAAAGUCUUCAGUACGUCAAUGUCACUGGAAAUCCACUCAAUUCUACGGUAACACGACUAAAUUUAUCAAAGAAUAAUAUUUUGAAAAUCGAAAACGGCGCAUUCGAUAGUUUGCCAAAUUUGAAUUUCGUUAAUUUAACCAGAAAUUUAUUUCCAUUUGGAAAUUUGAAUUUAACUAAUUUUACGGCUGUUGAAACAUUAGUGUUAGACAGUUCAAUUUGUUAUUGCCAGGAUGAAUCCGUUUAUACUUUUUAUAAUGACGUCCGUGAAGACUGCGAUAUAAUUUCAACAAGGAAAUAUGAGAGCGAUGAAAAAACAAUUGUUCUUUUGGAUUCAAUGAAAUUUUCCAAAGUAAAGAAACUAUAUCUACGCAAAAAUAGAAUUGCAGAAAUAAUUUUACAAGAUAUUGAAGCAUUAAGCGAUAUUAUGCCAAGCAUUACUUAUCUCUAUCUCAACGAAAAUUCUCUUCAAUCAGUGGAUUUCUUAAAAAAAUUUCCUCCGACCUUGACUCAUUUGCACUUGGAUAACAAUCAAAUUGGCUUCAUCAAACCGGAUAGAUCAUCAGUUAAUAGAUUGAAAGUUUUGACUGUCGAUCAUAAUCAAAUGCUAUCCUUGUGCGGAGCCAAUCAAGACUGCCCUGGAAUAUUAAUGGACGUGUUUAAACAACUGGAAUAUUUUUCGAUUACUUCCGUGAGCCUCGAAUACAUUUCAACAAACGCUUUUGAAGAUUUCAUACAGCUAAACUAUUUAAAUAUGUCUCAUAAUUUAAUUCCUACAUUUUACAACAAUACACUUAGUUAUCUAGUUAAGUUGAAGACACUCGAUCUAAGCUUCAAUAAUCUGAGAGCUAUUCCUUACAUUUCUGGUCUUAAAAAUUUAGAAUAUUUUUCAAUUGCUAAAAAUAGAAUAAGCACUUUGCACAAAUCAGAUUUUGACGGUCUAUCUAAUCUAAAAAUAUUCAAUCUUAGUCAUAAUAGACUGACUGAAAUCAACUCAGGAACAUUCGAUGAGCUUGUUUCGUUAGAAAAACUAGAUCUUUCUGCAAACGAGCUCGAAAUUCUGUCACCUGACUGGAUUCCUCCGAAAGUAAGUCUGAAACAUUUAUUCUUGAAUGAUAACUCAUUUAAAAGUUGGUCAAGUUUUUCAUUAAUGGGAAUCCAAAGUCUUCAGUACGUCAAUGUCACUGGAAAUCCACUCAAGUUAAUAAAUAUAAGAGCAUUAAUGACUUUACCCGAAAAUACAACUGUGGAUAUCGGGAAUUUGAAUACUAUGAACUAUUCGUGA